AUGAAGUUCCCUAACGAUAAGGCUCGUGAAACCUUCGAGAAGAUCUUGGCUGACCUUCCAACGAUAAUUAGCGAACAAUGCGACAAUUAUGAUGAGCUGUACGGUUAUAAGUUGAUAAAAGGGACUUCAGAAGAAACAGAAAAAUACUACUAUGAAAAGUAUGCUUCCGCACUCGUUUACAAGUUUGCUAAGGCUCACAACUUUGAAUACGAUGUUGUGGUGAAGCGACUCGUCGAUACAUUGAAUUGGCGUAAGGAAUUCAAACCGUUAAGGGCUGGUUUUGUAGAGGAUCACGAUUCUUUAUUCAGUGAAACUGGUAUCAUCACUAAUUAUCCAAAUGGAGAGCCAAAUCUUAAGGUGCUUACUUGGAACAUGUAUGGACGGUUGACUAAAAAAAAGGGCCUGCUUAAAGACAAUGAGAAGUUCAUCAGAUACCGAAUUGGGUUGAUGGAACGUGGCUUGCAGUUAUUGGACUUUGUUGACGAAGAAAACAACUACAUGACACAGAUCCACGACUAUGAAGACGUGUCGCUAUUUGGCUAUGAUCAUGAUGUCAAGAAGUGUGCAAAAACUAUCGUGGAUAUGUUCCAAGCUUACUAUCCUGAAAUGUUAUAUGCUAAAUACUUUGUCAAUGUACCGCUAGUGAUGGGUUGGAUUUACGACUUAGUCAAGAGCUUUGUUCCAGAGGAAACUAGAAGAAAGUUUGUUGUUCUAAACAGCGGUAAAAAACUAGGCCAGUAUAUCAAAAAUGUGCCCACGCAGUAUGGGGGAAAAACGCAACUUAAUUUGGAGGAAGAUUUAGUGGACCAAGUUAAACCUACUGAUUACGCUCUUUACUUACUGCAGAAGGACAUGGUUGAAGACUUGGACUGA